UCGUCGUCGCGGUCCUCUGGCCAUUUACACAAAGGUUGCGCAUGUUUGAACUGCAGACGUCGCAAAAUAGUGAAAUAAUUACUUGUGCUCUCCUCUCGUUACACAUAUGCUGACCGUUUUUUCCUUGUCGAUCAGAAAUGCGAUGGUCAGAGGCCCAUAGAGGAGUAACCAGGGCACAGACUCUUGAAGAACAGAUAUCCGUCCUCCAAAGUCGAAUUCAAGAUUUAGAACAACCAGGUCACUCUGACUCUUCAAUCACCCUUAGCCACCCUUACCAUCAACAUCGUCCAGCAGAGUUUGCGUCGGCGACAGGACAACCUCUCCUAGAUGACGACUUCCCUAUCAAGUAUCGUGAAACAAUUUUACAACACUUCGUACAACGAAGCUACGAGAUCGGAUUCUUCAUGGACAUUUCCCGUUUUAUAGACUCUCUUUCCAGUUUCAGUAGAACACCGCCAUCCACAGCACUUCUCAGCGCAGUGUAUCUCUGGGGUGUUCACCUCUCUCCAAUUAGCGAACUGUCCGCAUACGAACCUAUAGUUCUCCAGCGCGCGAUACAAGCGGUCGCCCAAGGCCUCUCUACUCGCCAUCCACAGAUCAUUCUACAUUGUAUCCAAGCUGAAGUCCUUCUCGCAAACUACUUUUUACGCAAGGGCAGAUUGCUAGAGGGAACAUACCAUACAAGUACAGCAGUAUCCCUCGUUCUUAGUGCCAGACUUCACAGAAUUCGAUCCACUGAGCCGACAUCGGCUGAUAGCCUAUAUGUAGGUGUUGAGGCUACGCUUCCGCCGCUAGUGGAUCUGGUCGAGGAAGGCGAGAGGAUAAACGCCUUUUGGGCAGUUCUCAUUCUCAAUAACUGCUGGUCCGCGGCUGAUGGUUCCCCUUCCAAUAUAUCGUACAUGGCUCCAGACGCGCGAGUUGAUCUUCCAUGGCCAUUAGAUAUGGCUAGCUACCACCAGGUCAAUCGCCCCCCACAAUAUCGAACUAGUCACACUAUUCAAAGGUUCCUUUCUAAUAAUACUGAUGACUGCAAUUCUAUAGUAGCUCUUCACGCCAAGGCGUCCAUUCUUUAUGAGCAGGCUUCUCGCGUGGGCGCCCAAUUCAGGCCUGGUAUGCAACAACAAGAGGCCGCGCGUUUCUUCGCUACUUUCUCUACCCUCGAAAGGGUCAUUCAGAGAUUCUUGGAGGAGCUGCCAUCACUAAUAGCCAUGGCAGGCCAGUCAAGCCUGGGAACGACCGUUGUCGUUCAUACCCUUGCACAGAUGGCUAUGAUACAGCUUCAUGCCCCCUUUCUCGCCCGGAAUCCUUCUUCUCACGGACGCACCGUGACAGGAUUUCGUGCCAUUGCUCAGAUCAUUCAGAGCAUUGACAUAUCAAGGAGCCUGUUUCUGGAUCCUAUAGUUGGAGUCCUGUGGGUAAACACUUGCAAAUUAUUGAUGCGAGAAAUAUCCGGUGGUCAAGGUGCUUCCACAACUGGAAAUGAACCUUUGCAACUGCUGAAUCUCAUCAUGGCUGCGAUAUCCACCGGGGCUAGACAUUGGCCUCACUUAGGCUCAGCUCACCGAUAUUCGCCGUCAGUAUACCGCCUCAUUGCAGAUAUUUGGGCAUCAGCAUGGAUAAUGGGCCCAAUCCCGGAGGGAGUCGCUUGUUCAUCAUUCUAAUUCUUAAUCGUUAAUUCCAUUGUUGAAGAAAAUAGAGAGAAUGGAUUCCGUGCCUCCGUAUUUCCGUGACCCUUGGCCGAAAACUUGUUCCUUUACAUUUCCCGACUUUCUCCAACUAUGUACGCAACUGCUGCUAUAGUGGUAAAGUGCCUAUGACGUUUCCCGGUUUAUUCCAAAAGCUAGAAGAUAUUUUUACUUGCCGAUCCAGAUCCUAUAAUUAUCCCUGAUCCGAUGCAUCCCGCACG